UUGGCCCUCGGCAUGCCAUCCGAAAUGGAAAUUGACGAAAAGCACCUUGCCUAAUCCCACAAUUGUGGAAAAAAUUGGAACUUGGCGAUGGCUCCAAGUGUUAUCAUUACAAAGACUUCUGGGUUUUUCUGAUUCAUUUGCAGAGAAUCACUAAAAGCAAGAACUCAUUCAGAAAAUCCAGCUACCUUACCUGUCUUAAAGACCUCAACCAACCUCCCUACCUAUACAACCUACUACAUAGAUACAAACACAUGUAAAGAAAACCCAAGUUCGAUUGAAACCCAGUUUUUGUUCUUCCAUUUCACUGGGAAAAAAGGGAGCUUUUUUUGGUUAAUUAGUUUUGAAAGCCCAAUUCCGAGAAGCAUCCAUGGAUUUGAGCUCUUCCCCUAAUCACCCCAUUACGGUGGUUUCAACCUUCGCUUCGCCGUUUGAGGGUCCUCCUUCAGUUGGGGACUCCAACUCUUCGGCCAGAAAGCCCAUAAGUUUGUGGCCUGGAAUGUACCAUUCGCCGGUGACGAACGCACUGUGGGAAGCCCGCUGUAAGAUCUUCGAGAGGCUUCUUGACCCACCUAAGGAUGCUCCUCCGCAAAGUGAAUUGCUUACCAAGACUCCGUCCCAGAGUAGGACUACCAUACUAUAUAAUUUCUCUACGGACUAUAUCUUGAGAGAGCAGUACAGAGAUCCAUGGAAUGAGGUCAGAAUUGGAAAGUUGCUCGAAGACCUUGAUGCUUUAGCUGGGACUAUCUCCGUUAAGCACUGUUCUGACGAUGAUAGCACAACAAGGCCGCUAUUGUUGGUCACUGCUUCUGUUGACAAGAUUGUCCUAAAGAAGCCGAUUAGUGUUGACAUUGAUCUGAAAAUUGUUGGUGCUGUCAUCUGGGUUGGACGGUCAUCAAUUGAAAUUCAACUAGAGGUCUCCCAGUCCACUAAAGAAGGCUCUAAUGCUGCAGAUGAUGUAGCUCUCUCAGCCAACUUCAUUUUUGUGGCUCGUGACUCAAAAACUGCAAAAGCUGCUCCUGUCAAUCGACUCUCACCAGAAACCGAACAAGAAAAGUUGCUCUUCGAUGAAGCAGAAGCAAGGAGCAGUAUGAGGAAAAGGAAGAGAGGAGAUCAAGAGAGAAGGGAAUUUGAAAAUGGGGAAGCAAAUAGACUUCAAACACUAUUAGCUGAAGGUAGGAUAUUCUGUGAUAUGCCUGCUUUAGCAGACAGAGAUAGCAUUCUUCUAAGGGAUACCCGCCAGGAGAACUCUCUGAUCUGCCAACCACAGCAGAGAAACAUUCAUGGUCGAAUCUUCGGUGGGUUUUUGCUGCACAGAGCAUUUGAACUGGCUUUCUCUACCGCUUAUGCCUUUGCAGGCUUGGUGCCUUACUUUUUAGAAAUCGACCAUGUUGAUUUCUCAAGACCUGUGGACGUUGGAGACUUCCUGCGAUUGAAAUCAUGUGUGCUGUACACAGAACUUCAUAAUCCUGAUCAGCCCCUAAUUAAUAUAGAAGUUGUUGCUCAUGUUACUAGGCCAGAGCUCCGGUCAAGUGAGGUAUCAAAUACCUUUUAUUUCACUUUCACUGUGCGACCAGAGGCAAAGGCCACAAAGAAUGGCUACAGGAUUCGGAAUGUGGUUCCAGCAACAGAGGAAGAAGCGCGCCGCAUACUGGAACGUAUGGAUGCUGAGGCCUGCAUUUAGUUAAGGCUUUGGCAAAAAUUAAAUAAAUAAAGAAAGCUAACAGAAAGUCUGAAACAAAUGGCUUUUGCUUAUAGUAAAUGUAUGAAUUUGAUCUCCAUUGGGAAAGACACUAGUAUCUUAAAAUGUUGUAGCUUCUCUAAUUUGGCUUUGUACCACCUUACUUUAUUAUUGAAUGCAAGGCCGUGUUGCUUUAACUA